AUGCCCGGCAGUAGCGCCAUCUGGGCAGGAGCGCCGAUGCCCUUCCGGCACGAAAGCUCUUUCCUCCGGUGUACCAGGCCGCGGCUUUGGCCGGAUCCGUUGACCGGAUUGCCUUGUCGAGAUCCAGAGGAAGAGAGUUGCAACGAGGUUCAUGCCACCUGUGCCCACGUACCCAAGGUGGGUUGGACGCCGGACGUGAAGGAUCCCUUGUCCUUCGUGGAACCGAAGGGUGCUUGUGAACUUCCAGUGGAAAGGCCCCCACCAAGCAGUCCUGGUGGAGCUUUAGGGACACUCAACAAGUUGCAAGAUGCAGCAAAUGCUGUGGGAAACGCUGCCAGCAUGGCACAAAGUUUGGCCAGCGGUGGCGCGCAGAAUUCGGACUGUGUGAAGACUCAGGAAUCAAUGAACGUAAUGACUGCCGGGUGGAAUUGUUCAAUGAAUUUUGGAGGCCAUCGUUAUGAGGUUGGAGGCCAUUCCUAG